AUGGCUUCUUUGAAGUCUGGGGUUCUUGUUAAGCUUCUUGAAGAUAUGAAUGUGGAGGAUAAGGGUGCAGAAGAAGAGCGAAAAUCCGUGUUGUUGCAAAUAAGAAGCAUAAUUCCUGUUUUGGAAGAAGGGAAUUUCUGGCCUAAUAGAGGGUUCUACUUGAAGGUUGCAGAUUUAUCUCAUGCCUUGUAUGUCUCUUUGCCUCAAGAACAGAAUGAUAUGAUUUUGAGUAACCAAUUACAACUUGGGCAGUUCAUAUAUGUGAAAAGUCUUGAGAGGGCAUACCCUGUUCCAUUGCUCACAGGUAUAAGGCCUGUCAGGGGUAGGCAUCCGUGUGCUGGAAUUCCUGAAGAUAUUGUUCCUGUAACAAAUUUGGUGAACCUUCUUGAGCCAUCUGAUAUGGAGUCAAUUGUCGAAAAGGGUGUAAUUUCAGAGAAAAAGAUAAUUGAAAAUUCAUCAGAUUCAAGAAAAUUAUUUCGUGGAUUGUCUGAUUCGGAGGCACUGAUAAAAAAGGUUGAUCGUGUUGACAAGAGGACUCAAGGAAGGUUGCGUUCUUCGAGUGCUUCAAAAGCUCGUCCUGAUGAGCAUAGAAUUGGCUUGAAGACUAAAAGAUGGGAUGUUGAGAAGAGAACUUUGAAUGUGCUGGGUGGAUUUCAAACGAAUAGGCAUCCGUGUGCUGGAAUUCCUGAAGAUAUUGUUCCUGUAACAAAUUUGGUGAACCUUCUUGAGCCAUCUGAUAUGGAGUCAAUUGUCGAAAAGGGUGUAAUUUCAGAGAAAAAGAUAAUUGAAAAUUCAUCAGAUUCAAGAAAAUUAUUUCGUGGAUUGUCUGAUUCGGAGGCACUGAUAAAAAAGGUUGAUCGUGUUGACAAGAGGACUCAAGGAAGGUUGCGUUCUUCGAGUGCUUCAAAAGCUCGUCCUGAUGAGCAUAGAAUUGGCUUGAAGACUAAAAGAUGGGAUGUUGAGAAGAGAACUUUGAAUGUGCUGGGUGGAUUUCAAACCAAUAGGUCAAGUUCCUUUGACAAUGAUAGUGAUUCUGAUGACACGAAAUCAUCCGUCUCUUCAACCAGCAUAUCAAAGAGAAGAAGCUGGACUGAGUCUGAAAUUUUGGAGGUUAAGGAAAUCUUUGAUUCUUCAGUUGCCAAGCAUGAGAUCAGACCAUUAGCUCGUAGUCGCUGUCGCAGUGCAAAUGUAAGCCUCUUGAUACUUCGUGUCUCCUAA